AUGUCGCAUAUUUUUGUUGACAUUCCUGGACUAAUUAUCUUAUCCAUUGGAGUAAUAAUUUACUUCUUUUUCUCGUCUUCACCAUACUACGACGAACAUCUCAUUGAUGGCUACAGCCUCACUGCAUUUGGAUCAAAAACUGCAUACAAAAAUAACGGUCUUAAAUCUGUACUUCCGUCUCUACUCAACCGCAGGCGUUUCGUUCAUGUAAACGCUCUCAUCCGUCAUGGGACGCGUUCUCCUGAUAGCAAAUUCUCGAAGAAGGUGGAAAAAAUACGAGCUAGACUUCUAAAAGCCAAUUGUAGUCUCCCAGACGUGGACUUUUCUGUAAAGUCAUGUGGAAAAGGCGACAAGGUUCUGUUAUCAUCUGGAGUUAAGGAGAUCGAAGAUCUUGGUCGUCGUCUGCGUGCGAUCGUUCCCAAUGAAUUUCGGCACGCGUCCAACAUGCUUGUAAUUUCCAGUGAAACCGAGCGUACUAUUGACAGUGCGAAGGCUUUUCUUUCCACGUACACAGAUGACAAUGUAACCAUCACAGAGGACUUUAGAAGGAUUCGAUUCUUUGCUGACUGCAACAAUUAUAUCUCAGCUGUUCGAUCGAGCGAGAUUGCGAGAAAAGAGUUUUACAAGUUUCGGGAUGGCAAAGAGAUGCAGCGGGUACUGCAAGAGGUGGUCAGUGACCACGGCUUGGAGGACCUUCAACUAACAACAACGGAUAUCGAAAACUUAUAUAAAGUAGCCGCUUAUGAAGUCGCCGCUAUGGAAGAGGGCUCGCCACUCCCCGGAUGGGUUCAGCUCUUUAGACCGGAACAUCUAUAUGUUUUGGAGUAUCUUCAUGACCUAAAACAGUACUGGACGAAAGGAAAUGCAUUCCCACUGAGCUAUGAGCAGGUCUGCCCUCUCUGGGGUGCCAUUAUGGAGGACAUGGUGAAGGCUGCCACACACGACCGAGACAUGGUCAUCGCUAAACGAGACGGAUACGAUGUGAGUAAGCUGGAGAAGAAGUCCUCCCACCGCAGUGUCUUUUGGUUCGGUCAUGCGGAAACCCUGCUGCCACUAGUGACGAAGUUGAAUCUCUUCAACGAGUCCGUCUCCUCGGAGUUCGGUGGCGGGGAGCACUUGACCGCCGCGGGCUUCCAGUCGCGUUUGAGACGACUUCAACUGGAGGAGCUGCCAGUGCCGAAUCUCUUCCGCUCCUCGCAUAUCAUUCCUUUUGCUGGAAACAUAGCCUUCUUCCUCUUCUACUGUCCCAAUCUUAAUGAGGAGCCCUCGUUGAACGACUACUGUCUGGAAGUGCGACUGAACGAGCAAGUAGUGGAGAUAAUACCCCAGGCGGAUGGAUUGCCACGACCUCUGCGGCUACCCCAAGUGCUGGCGCAUUUCGAGAGUUGUCUGCCCUCGGCGUACAACAAAACAGCCCUUUGUGAUCGACCUCUCAGCUCUCCGCCUUCGGCGUGA